AUGGGUAAUGCUCCAGUCAAAGAAGUUGCCAAUAGCAGUACUGUAGAGGCUCCCGCUGCCAAACCAAAAUGUAAAGCCUGCUGUGCUUGUCCAGAAACCAAGAAGGUUCGCGAUCAAUGUGAUUUUCUUGGAAGAAAUACUUCAUUGGACACCACAAUUCCAUUACAAAACGUUAACAAAAUGGAUGCAAGUCAAAUACAAAAAUUACCCCUGAAUGCUGAUGAUAUUAACCCUACGGAGAGUAUACACUUUAUACAGCAACUACAAAAUGUGCAACUGGAAUUGCCCGAUGUGGAACAUUUAAUUGCACAUAUAAAGGCAAUUAUUAAUAAAGAACUACGAUUGGGCCAAGGCGGAGAAGCCGCGGAGGAUUCUUGUACAAAUUAUAAUCAAAUAAUAGUGAAUGUUUGUUUCCGCCAUUACUACCAAUUUUUGCAAAAAUAUAAUUUGGAAGAUAAUUAUUUUCAUGGUUACAUAGCCGAAACGGCCAAUGGAAAUGGAAAGGAGAAUUUUGUCAUAUUGUAUUAUGUACUAAUGACCUGCCAGCAGAAUAUUGAUAUGGAACCUGAAACUAUUAAACAACGUUGCCUGAAGGCUUUCGCUGUGGCUGUGGACAAUAAUGAUAGCCAUUUAUUGGAUGUUUUAAAGUGUCUCAAUUUGAUAUUCAAGAAAUGGCCAGAUUUAGAGGUGGAAGAUGCGGAUCUUUCCCUGGAACAUAUUUAUUUUUGUCUACAAUCAAAUCAGCUGGGCAUGAGGGAUGAAAUGUUAACAUUUUUACAACAAGUGUGUUUGUGCCGUGCCAGAGCUUUGGAUUAUUUUAUACGCAUUGUGAAUUUUUGGCCAUGGACAUAUCGUAACAAACUUUAUAUGCUAUCGGCUAUAUUAAAUAAAAAUUCCUUGCAAGAAUUGAUGGCUAAAAGUGGAUGUAACAGAGGGGAAUUUUUUAAAGGUCUUCGAUCCACCUUGUGUUAUAAAAACCUAUUACCAGCUAGUCAACAUGUCAUAAAAGCUUUAAGUGGACAAAGAUCCAACGAUCUGUUAAUAAUGUGCAAUGAUAUUUUACAAAAUGGUUCUCUGCAGGAAAUGCGAAAUUUACAUUUGCAAUGGUUUUCCCGAUUACAACAGAAAGAGGAACUCUUUGAAAUGUUUUGGAAAGAUCUUGCAAUAAAAGACGUGGGUGAUAAGGAUACCAAGACUUAUCGACAUGUUCUGUUAUGUUCCAUGUUUGCCAAAGAAAUUUUACAAAUAUCCCCAGAAUGUUUUUCAAAAUUAAGUAAUGAAUUUUUAACAAAUUAUUCUCAAUACGAUUUGGAAUCACAAUUGCUAAUUUAUAAAUUUGUAGUAGAUAAUUUAAAUAAUUUAAAAAUUGAAAAUUGUCUAGAAUUUGUUGUGAGCUUUUCAAGAGCUCAUAUGAAUGUUGAAAAUUCUCAAUUUCGUAAUACAAUUUUAGCCAAAAUGUCCAUAAUUAUAAAUCACCUUGCCAAGUUGUUUAGUAAAAAUAAAGGGGAACAAGAAGAUAAUUUUGAAUCGGUUAUAUUAAACUAUUUUGAAAAUUUACAAAAAGAUGUUGAGCUGGGUAUUUCCGAACAGUUAUAUCAACCAAAAAUAUAUGGUCUAAAACUUUUGGAAAUUUUAAUACGUUCCCUAUAUGGAGAAACUGUUACCAGAAAUACUAAGAAUUGUUGCCUAAAACAUAAUCAAAUUUUAGCGAAAUUUUUGAAGCAAAAGAGAAUAUUUCAGGCGGAGAAAAUUUCCCAACAUUUAUUUAGGUUUCUUCAUGAUCCCUGUGGUUUUGAUGAUGCCUUGGAUUUAAUAGUAACACUUAUAGGUCUCAUUAAAAGCCAGAAUGAAGAACUAGCCCAGCAGGCCAAGGAAAGAUGUUCGGAUUGCAGGAAUCUUAACGAUGUGGAUGAGGCAAAUUUAAGUUUUCUCUAUUCCAAAGUUGUUGUACAAAAUUCCGACAAUAAUUCAUUUUUAUUGGAUAUUUUUGAAAACACUUUGGAAGAUAUUAGAAUAAGAUUACCUUCCUUUAGAGAGGAUCCAUUGUGUGUGUGUAAAACAAAAGGCUGGCAUUUAUUUAGUUCCAUUAAUGUCUUAAAUGAAUUUGUCCACUAUAAACCUAAUUUAUUUCUAGAACAUUUUCUGGACAUUUUGAAUAUCAUAGAACAAAUUGAAUUGAUAAUUUUAAAUAUGCUUAAUAUUUGUAAUAAUAUUAAGGGUGAUACCAAAGAGGAGGAGCUGUCCGCAGCUUCAUUUGAAGAUAUGGAUAAAAGUUUAGAAAUCUUAGUAUCUCGAAGUCAAUUCAGUUGUGAUGAAAAUGAUCAUGAACAAAUACGUAAAUAUUUAUUAAUGUCAUUUUGGCUUACUCUUAAAUCAUGUUGUGAUUUGGCAGCAUCUAUGGCGGAAUUUAUUGUAACAACAAACAAUAAUUCCCCAAUCGAUAGCAAAUUGCAUUUCUUGGAGAGAUGCAUAAAUAUUAGUGUAAUAGUAUUGACAAAAUGUCGACAUAAAGGUGCCAUAGAAGCUGCCGGUGUUACAAUUGGUAAAAUUACAAAAUCUAUAACUUCUCAGUUACCACCACACACCCCGGAAUAUCAGCUCUUCCACACAUAUCUGCAACAACUUUAUGAUUGUGGAGGCAAGAGGGAAGUAAGCACCACACGUAGGGGUGCUGGAUUUUCCAUAAUGUUUUUGCAUAUUGUGAAAAAUGAAGAUAACCGUGGUAGACCCAUUCUAAGAAAAGUUAUACGAAAUCUGCUAAUGGCCACUAAUAAAGAUAAUACUUCUUCCUUGGACUCCUCUUUUAAUUGUGAUCGUAUUGAAUCCUUGCAUUUACAUUAUCUCUGCGUUUUAGUAAGAGACACAGAACUGCGGGAGGCAAUGUCAAAGUACUACAAUGACAUCAUGAUGACUGCCGUUAGCCACAUUGAUAAUCCCGAGUGGACGGUACGCAAUGCUGCCCUACAACUCUUGGGCGCUUUGGUACCCAAGAUUGUUGGUCAACGCCAGGCCACGGAAUUUGAAGAAGAAUUGCUAUGGGAACCGUCGGAAGUCACAUUUUGUGAAAUAACUCGGAAAUUUAAUCUUUCUUAUGAGUAUAUUCUCAAUUAUUGUCUAGCUGAAAAAACUGCCACAGGUUCAAUAAUUUUGUUUUUAGAAUUUCUACACAAAGUAGAAUACAUUCACAAACAAGAUACUCAAGCACCAAAAAAAGUUCUAGAAUUUCGUGAAAUGAUGUGGUCUCUGCUGCAUCAUCCAUGUGAAAAAGUACGCAAAUUAUCGGCAAAAUGUUUUGUACGUUCCCAUGAAUUUAGUCAUGAAUUGCCAAAUGCUUUAUCGCAAAUUGCCGAAAUACUAUACAAGGUGAAAAAUGAAAACUUUUUCGAAGGUUUAAUACAAACGCUACAUCAGGGUGUUUUAAAAUUACAACAUGAUUUGAAAUAUGUUGUCAAUGAGGAGACAUUAACAAAUGUAAUUCAGAAAAUUAACAAAACUUUAGAAGAGAAUUAUUGUCUUAAAAAUAAUUAUAAAUAUUAUAGUUUAUGUAAAUUAUGGGAUUUAAUAGAGCACUUAAAUAUUGGCCAAGAUAUUUCAAAUAUUAUUGAACGCGGCGAAUCUGAAUGUGGCGAUCUAAUUGAGGCUCACAAAAAGUGCAUGCGGGAACAAGGAUUUAACAUUUAA